CGCCUAUGUCCUGACAGAAUACCAUGGACUUUGCACGGGUGCUUAACUCUGAGAUCGCUCGCAAGAAACGCGCUAUUCAAGACGAGCAGACAUCCAAAAAGGCCAGGACAGUCCCCAGCCCAGAAGAAAUACGAGGCCUACCCCAAACUGCUGACGAGAUUGCCAGCCAGACAGUGGAAGAGACAGGCCUAGGCACCACACAAUUUGAAAAUUCUGGCCCUGACGCGCAAAGGAUCGACGCGGUAGAAGACGGACAGCCCGAUAAAAAGAAUCCCGGAAAAACGUCCGACAAACCAUCGAGUGGACCUCAGCCCGAGCCAGGCUCAUAUAUCAUUAAAAAAACCGAUAUUAGAGACGAUCAUGCCAUAGUGUCCCAACAAUGCCGCGACUACAUUAAGCAUCUCCUCAACGUCUGGGAGUCGAAAAAAGAUCAGCACACAAACGCGGAUCUGCUGGAAACCAAGAAAUGGCUGCUUCCCUUGCUUGUGCAGCUGAAGAAAAAAAGUCUGCCUCACGAUCAGCUGGUGAGCCUAGCCACAAUACUGUACAACAUUCAACACCAAAAAUACACAGAAGCAAAUGAAGCAUAUCUACAGCUCAGCAUAGGAAAUGUUGCAUGGCCGAUAGGACUUAUCGACAUAGGAAUUCGUGUUCGAACAAACAACAUGAAGAUCGGCGAAGGCUCAAACAUUAGCAAUAUCAUGAAGGACGAACGUACUCGACAAUGGAUUCUAGCCGUUAAGAGGCUGCUUACAUUCUGUGAGCUGCACAGUGUUGUAUCAAACGAUUAGGAUCCACAAAGUAACGGAAGCCCCUGUGCAUUCUUCUGUAUACGGAAUUUUUGCACUUGGGUUUCGAUAACGGUCCUAAUAAGCUGGCAUGCACUAAUUGCCAGAACAAGCGCAAGGCUUUAACAAAGUAUGUAAAGCAGUUUUAUACAGCCAAAAUGCACCCAAUCCCAAUUGUAUGCGGGAUUGUCGACGCCUUCACCGC